AUGUCAUUUCGUCGGCAUUCGAGCAACGAUGCUGUCCUGGUUGGAAGAACAUCAGUCCAGCUCGGCGUCGUCCCGUCAGCCAGCUUGCACCGGUCGAGCCGGGCUCCACCUUCAGCGAGAAGAGAAGUGGCUCUUUGUCAAGAGCUGUCUCUAAAGUCCGUCAACAAAGACCGACUCGAGGUCGGCUUUCACGUGAAACGAAACCAAAAUACAACAAAGCACAACGCCAUUGGACAGGGCGGAAUGGGCGAAUACGACAAAAUGGGCUGA